AUGGAAGCUACUGGAUUUUCAGGUGGUAUUUGGCUCUUAUGGGACAAAUCCAAGCUUUCUGUUGAUGUGAUUGAUGCCCAUUCUCAGGCUAUUACUGCCAAGAUUAAUUUACCUCGGGCUUCUAGUUGGAUUCUAUCUAUUAUUUAUGCUAGUCCUACUUAUUCCAUGAGAGCUUCUUUAUGGGGAUAUUUGGAGAAUGUAUUUGCUGCAGCUGGUCUUCCUUAUGCUCUCAUUGGUGAUUUCAAUGAAUUACUUGACAGUUCUGAUAAAAAUAUGGGAUCUCUUGUUGGUCUCUUUGGUGGUUUAAGAGAUUGGGUGAAUAGGAAUGGUAUCAUUGACAUUGGUUUCCAAGGCUCUGCUUACACUUGGACCAAUGGUAGAAUCAAGGAAAGGUUGGAAAGAAGGCUUCACUCAAAUAACUUGAGUAAUUGUGAUGCUAUGCCAUUCAAAUUUCAAGCCAUGUGGCUCACUCACUCUAAUUUUACUCCUUUUAUUGCUCAAACUUGGAAUGCUGCUCCUGGUGACUUCCAAGGUAUUCAGAAGUCUCGGGAUAAGAGCAAUAAUCCUUUCCUUAUUCAACUUGAAGAUGAUCUCCUUAAAGAGUAUGAAGUAAUCAGAGAUCAAGAAAGCCUUUUAUGGAGACAAAAAUCUAGAGAUAAGUGGCUACAAGAUGGUGACAGAAACACAAGAUUCUUUCAUUUGACUACUGUUAUCAGGAGGAGGAAAAAUAAGAUUGAAGGUCUGUUUGAUGAUAAUGAAGAAUGGCAUUGUGAUAUGGCUCAUAUGAAAGGUAUUGCGGUUCAAUUUUUUACAUCCCUUUUCUCUGAUAAUAAUGGUGAUGAAUUAAGAUUUUUUAUUCCUUACCUAUUUCCAAUCAUUGAGACUCAACUCCUUUCUUCUACCACUGCUGAAAUCACCAUGAAUGAGGUUAAAAAAGCUAUGUUCUCAAUUGGAGGAUUAAAAGCUCCAGGUUACCUGAUUGUCAAAUUAACAUAUAUUGAUGCCAAAGUUUGCGACUUUUGGGACAAUAAUGUUUGGAACAUGAAACUCUUAUCUUCUUGCUUACCUUCAGACAUUAUUCACAAGAUUAUAUCUGUUCCCCCUGGUUUUGAUGGAUGUGGUGAGCAUGUUCAAAUCUGGGGAAAAACUUCUAAUGGAGUUUUGUGA